CAAGGAACUCUUAAACAUUUUCCAAGAUGAAAAGGGCUCUGGUUAUUGUCUUGUGCUUCUGCUUGUUCACGGCUGCUACAGCUGCCCCACAACCAGGGCUGCUCAGCUCCUUGACCAGCAUCGUUGGAGCCGUGGUAGAUGGCACCGUCAAUGUGAUCAAUACAGUCGUUACUGAUACAGCCAAUCUCAUUACUGGCGUUCUGGGCGGAAUUGUAUCGGGUAUCACAGGCACACAAACAUCACUCGGCAAUACUAUCGGAACUAUCGGAGGGGUGCUCACUAACAUAACAUCGGGUGUGGCCAAUGCUACUGGUACCGCUCUGCAGAACGCUUUUUCGACUGUGGUCAAUGCCAAUAUUGCCCUGAACAACGUUGCUGUGGCUGUAUUGGGAAACAUCUCCAAUGAUGUAGCUACUGCCUUGAAUAACACGGUAUCUGGCCUAAAGAAUCUUGCUAAUAAUCUGAAUACAGCUGUAGCUAACGCCAUCAGUGCUGGAACCACUGGAACGUCUGCAUUCUUGAACAAUUUGAACAACCUGACCAAUGCCAUCAAAUCUGCUGUGCAGAAUGUUACCGGAACCCUGAGCACGGUUCUUCCAACCGUUGCAGCGAAUGUUCAAUCUCAGGUGAAUUCUAUUGGAAAAAACAUUACCGGACUUCUCGCUAAUGUCGCCUCUAACGUUGGAACCGUUGUCAAAAAUGCUUUGACAAACGCUGGCAAUGUCCUCGGAAAAGUCGAGACUGCUCUUGCCAAUUUGACAAGCAACGUUGUCGCUGGAUUGACUGCAGAUGCUCAGCUGGCUGUUCAAACCGCUGUCACUAACCUUCAAGGUCUGGCAAGCGCUCUUAACGCAACGAUUGCUAAUGCCACCAGCGCUGGUACCACGGGUAGCAACAACUUUGCUUUGGCUUUGAACAAUCUCACCAGUGCCAUCAAUGCUACGCUGCAAGGAAUCUCUGGAACUCUUUCCGCAUCGGUCCCCACCCUUAUCAACAAUGUUCAAUCUCAGUUGGCCAACGGUCUCAGCAACCUCGCCAACCUUGCAGCAUCUGUUGGAAACACCGUCGGGACAACCGCAUCUACCGCAGUGGCAAACGUCCUUGCUGCCCUGAACAACACCAAAUCCGCCUUGACCACGGUUGCUAACAAUGUUAUUGGCAACGCUUCUGUCCUGCUGUCAGCCGACGUACAAGCUGCCGUUUCAAAUCUGCAAUCAAUUGCCAGUUCCUUGAACUCCACUUUGGCCACAGCCCUUGCCAGCGGAACACCCUUAACCAGCGAUGUUCUGUCUGCCCUGAAUACACUGGCUACCAGCCUGAAUGCUACCGUCCAGUCGGUAGGUAAUGCUCUAGUAACGGCACUUAAUAAUAUCGGUUCAGUUAUCUCAGGCACACAAACGCCCCUCAGCAAUACUAUCGGAACUAUCGGAAGUGCUCUCACUAACAUAGCAUCGGGUGUGGCCAAUGCUACUGGCACUGCUUUAAAGAACGCCUUAUCGACUGUAGCCAAUGCCAAUAGCGCCCUGAACAACGUUGCUGUGGCCGUAUUGGGAAACAUCUCCAAUGAUGUAGCUACCGCCUUGAACAGCACGGUCUCUGGUCUGAAGAAUCUUGCUAAUAAUCUGAAUGCAACGGUUGCUAACGCUAUCAGUGCUGGAACCACUGGAACGGCUGCAUUCUUGAACAAUUUGAACAACCUGACCAAUGCCAUCAAAUCUGCUGUGCAGAACGUUACUGGAACCUUGAGCACGGUUCUUCCAACCAUUGCCGCAAAUAUCCAAACUCAGGUGAACUCUGUUGGAAAAACCGUCACCGGACUUCUUGCCAAUGUCGCCUCUAAUGUCGGAACCGUUGUCAAAAAUGCUUUGACAAACGCAGGAAAUGCCCUCGGUAAAGUUGAGACUGCUCUUGCCAAUUUGACAAGCAACGUUGUCGCCGGCUUGACUGCUGAUGCUCAGCUGGCUAUUCAAACCGCUGUCAGUAACCUUCAAGGUCUGGCAAGCGCUCUCAACUCAACAAUUGCUAAUGCAAUCAGUGCGGGUACCACGGGCAGCAACAACUUUGCAUCGGCUUUGAACAAUCUCACCAGUGCUAUUAAUGCCACGCUGCAAGGAAUCUCUGGAACUCUGUCCGCAUCGGUCCCCACCCUUAUCAACAAUGUUCAAUCUCAGUUGGCCAACGGUCUCAGUAACCUCGCCAACCUUGCAGCAUCUGUUGGAAACACCGUCGGAACAACCGCAUCCACGGCACUGUCGAACGUCGUUGCUGCCCUGAACAACACCAAAUCCGCCUUGACCACGGUUGCCAACAACGUUCUUGGUAACGCUUCUGCUCUGCUGUCAGCCGACGUGCAGGCUGCCGUUACGGAUCUGCAGUCGAUUGCCAGUUCCUUGAACGCCACUUUGGCCACUGCCGUUGCCACCGGAACUGCCUUAACCAGCGAUGUUCUGGCCGCCCUGAACGCUCUGGCUACCAGCCUGAAUGCUACCGUACAGACAGUGGCUAGCGCUCUUGUCACAGCACUUAAUACUACCACCACCACCACGACUACGACCACAACAGCCGCGCCAACAGCUGCCACCAUCUGCGGAGUUGUUUGCCAGCUGCUGAAGGCCCUAGGAUAAUUUUUUUGCUAAAUUUUGGGUUCGCAUAUAAUUAGCGGGAUGA